UUUCAUGAGUACCAGCUCUUGAACAGUGGAUUGAUAUUAUUAUAAGUGACAGUGUCAUAGUCAUCCUUUUGUAGCUCCAUUUACUACCCCUUGUCUUUUGCUUUUUCCAUUGUUUCUCACAGAAAAUGCUCUUUGCCUCCCUUUUCUCCCAUCUCUCUCACCUUUUGUCACUGUGUUUGCAGGCCUUCCCCUCCCUGUCCUGCAACUAGGGUUUCCUCUUUAAAAACACACCUCACAUUCAAUAACAUAACCCAAGAGAAUUUCUCAUCUUUCUGCCACUGCAUAGUCUUUUUCACUGGGACAAACCAAUCAAAGGGACAUAGAUCUUCAAACAGCCUAUACUCAAGGGGAAAAGAGAGAAAAUGGCUUCUUCCAGCUAUUCCAAUUCACCAUGUGCUGCCUGCAAGUUUUUGAGGAGAAAAUGCAUGCCAGAUUGUAUUUUUGCACCAUAUUUUCCACCUGAAGAGCCACAAAAAUUUGUCAAUGUUCACAAGAUAUUUGGUGCAAGCAAUGUUAGCAAGCUGCUCAAUGAGAUACAACCCCAUCAAAGGGAAGAUGCAGUGAAUUCCCUUGCCUAUGAAGCUGAGGCAAGGAUGAAAGAUCCUGUUUAUGGCUGUGUUGGAGCCAUUUCGGUCCUCCAAAGACAAGUGAUGAGACUCCAAAGGGAAUUGGAUGCUACCAAUGCUGAUUUAAUUCGAUAUGCCUACAAUGAAAUGCCACCACCACCAGAAGCAGCAGCAUCCCAGUAUGGAAGAAGAACAACAGCUGCUCAUGGUAGUACUGGAGGAAGUUCUUUUAAUCAAACUUCUGGCAUUUACUAUCCCUCCCAGUGGAAUGACCCUUGUGGAGACAAUGAGCAAUCAGGUGGUGGAAGCAUGUGAAGCUAGCCGUUUCAUGUAAUUAGGAAGCAAAUUAAUGGUGGCUGUAUCAUUUUCUAUGUGAAAAAUUAUUAGGUGGGAGUCCCAUUUGGCUAGCUCUAGGGUUUUCUAGUCAUGGAGUUGAUAAGGGACCAUGUGUCAUAUCAUGGUAUUUUUAUGAUAUGCCAUUACCCUGGAUGAAAUGUUAUUGUUAGUGUCUUAUAAUUACUUUGUAAAAAUGAUCUCCAUAUAACAUUUGAUGUGCAGCUGUUCUUGCUAUUAUUCAAUAAAGUUUCUAUGUA